UUUGGGUUUGGUUGAGUAUCUGGAUUUUCAGGCAUAUGAAAGAAAGAGAAAUGAGGCUAAGAGUGCUCCUAAUUACAGGGUUUAUCUUCUCUGUAGACACUCCAGUAAAAAAGCAAGACAGAAAGACUGUGAACCUGCAUGUGAAGACAAGCGGACAUCAGUUUAGGAGCCGUGCUCGGACCUUUGGCCCACUUGAUCCAGUUAUAGCCAGUGUCAUCAUCACCAACGAUAAUGGACCCAUUCCUGUGAAUGUUCUGGAAGGAAACAACGUCACCCUGAACUCUGGACUACAGGAACUAGACAAAGACCACAACGUCAUGUGGACACAGGGUCAAGAUUUUUCUGGGGAUCAGAUCGCUCAGUGGAAAGCUUCUAUAGUCACAAUCAGUGAAAGCUACCAAGAUAUUCUGCAGAUGGAUCCAACCACUGGAGACCUCGUCUUCCUCAGAGUCACAAAAAGCCUGACCGGGUUUUAUUGUGUGAAGAUAUUGAAGGGUAGAGAACCUCACGUUCUGAGACAAUACCACUUGGCUGUUUACGAACCGGUUUCCGUUCCAAAGAUCACCACAACACAAACAAACAUCAGAGCAGAGCUAACCAACGAUGGGUUCUGCUACGUCAGCUGUUCUGUGGAGAAUGGACCAGAUGUAAACUUGACUUGGUACCAAGGAGAGAAACAAAUAAGCCAGACAAGCAACAACAACAUCUCCAUCAGUCUCAGCCUCCCAUUGGAGAUUGUCAAGGAGGAAACCUACACCUGUGAGGCAAAUAACCCCGUCAGUACUGAAACCGACUCCAUCAACUCUAAGCAGGAGUGUCCACCUCAUGGAUCAGGUGGGAAUAUUUACGCAGUAAUUGGUGUUGUUGUCGGGAGUGUUGCGUUGGUUGCCUUGAUUGUAUAUCUAAUCCAUCGAUGCAUAAACAAAAGAGGAGGAAUAAAUUGUGUUGAAACGAUUCCGAUGGACUCAGUACAGAACAACAGUGAGGGAAAUGUGGAACCUCUGCUAGACAACAACACUCAAUAGAAAAGGACUUAACCACCAUGCGCCCCCCAGGCUACAUCUCUCAUCCUCACCUAAAGCAACAAAAGAACUAAAGUGUUUUUAAUGUUCUCCGGAUAGAUUUCCACUGUAAAUUCUGGAGAAAUGUGUUUCAUUUCACAAUGCAGUCACAUGUUCAAAAAUGUAGAAUAUACACAGACCAUGAAGACCUGCAACAUAAAGAUAAAAUCUAUUCUGAGACAGAAAGCUAAAAACUUCCAGUUAAAAACCUAAUUACAAGGUAAAAGGUUUGCUUCUAAGUUAAUUAAGUUCCUUUGUACUGGAACCAAACAAAACCAGGUUUAAAUGUCUUGAACAGCCCAGUAAGGGCUCUGGGUAGUUCCAUGGUAAACUUGCUUAUUAUAUUAUAUAUUUUUCAUUUAAAUGAAAUUUUUCUACAACACAGGAAAUAGACAGGAACAUCUGGACAGGCUGCCAGUUCAUCGCAGGGCAACACAGAGACACAAACUACCACUCACACUCACUCCUAGGGAGAGUUUAGAGUCACCAACAGUUAAAUCAACUCAUACAAACAGUAAACUAUAUAAUACAGAGUUGUGUAAAUAAACUGAGACCAAAAAACCUUUUGUGCAUGUAAACACGAUGUAAUGUUAUUUAUUGUAAAUGUAAUGUUUGAUGCAGGUUACUGCAGGUGUGGCUUUAGAUGCAGCCAUCACAGUCUCCGUUAAAGGAAGAUGAUUUUAAGUGGUGUGAAGUUUCAUAUUUGAGUCCCGCCUUUCUGAUCCAGUUUCAUUACAAAUUAAACAAAAUCUCGUUCAUUAUUUAGUUUCAAUUCACAGCAAGACGUUUCAAGACACUUAUAAAGAUUCCGUCCAACAAAAAUCCAUUUAAAUAAAAUGAAUCAGAAACCAUGUAGAUCUGUAUAACUGUGUUAAAUUAUUAACCAAUAAAUAAAACGUUGCUGAGCAAACGAAGUGAACAGAUCACAUUGAUUAUUGUAGAUUAUUAAAGACAUGCAUGAGGCAACACUGGAGAAAAAUAACUUCUGUUUGAGCAGGAGCCUUCUCACAAUUUAUCAUGUUUGUUCACCACAAGAGGUCAGCACACAUACAGAUGCCCGGGAAUGAGAAGGCCACCUCCACACACCCUCCACUGAUGGAGAGGGGGCGUGGGCCCCUCCUGUUAAACUGGAGAGGGUCUGGCUGCAGAGCUCCACUGCAAACAUCUGAAUUUUGAAACUUUAAAAAAAUUCUACAGCAUUUUUGUGAAUUAACAGACAAGCAAAUGUACCAAAAUAUUCUGUUGUUUUUAAAUCUGUUUUGCUGGUUUUAAACUUGUUUUCAAUAAACUAUCAAACAUAAGUGAAAUCUGUGUGACAUUAGAAUGAAAUGUUAAUAUUAUUACCUUUACAGCAG